CAUACAAAUCGCAUCAUGAAAGAUUUGCUAUCUUUCAGUUUUCCGGAUACCGUUUUGGAUAACAGAAAGUGUUUAAGUUAUCCGUUAUUUAAUAUUCGUUCCUAUCUGUUCAUAGGCAGUUUCACCACAGCUACCGUACCAGGCUUUUCACUCCGAGUGUUGCAGCCAAGACUUCAAAAGUUGCCCGUGCUAGGCAAUCCAGGAAAUCUGUUGUUUAGUUGUGGCAAUUGUGGUAGAUGUUUGUAUUCAACAAACUAUGCGUGUCACAUACACGUUUUUCGACGUUGCAAGAUGUCGUCUAGCUUCCCAGACGGCUCUCGUGAUAGUGAAGGAACACAGUGUGACUGUACGCAAGUUGCAAGAAGAGGAACUAUUGAUAAAGGAGUUCCUACUCUAGAGUCUUCUAGUGUGAACUCUGUUCAGAGGCGAAUACUUCCACCUCAUCGAAUAGUUAUGAUUAUUGAACCAUCUCCCUUUACACAUGUCUCGGGAUAUAGCAAUCGCUUCAUUGAGACGCUACGAUAUUUGAAGGAAGCCGGUGAUGAUGUUUUAAUCGUUGUACCGGAAGUUUCAGGUUCUGCACCAAAAGAAAUCUUUGGGUUUCCUAUUGUUAAUAUUCCAGGCUUUCGGUUUGCACUAUAUCCCAAUAUAGUUCUUUCCACUGGUGCCUAUGUAGACUUCUUUUCAGUGCUUUAUCGCUUUAAACCUGACAUAGUUCAUUUGGCAACUCCUGGCUGUUUGUGUUUCUCGGUACUCAAUUGGGCUCGAUUUCUUAGAGUGCCUUUACUAUUAUCUUAUCACACACAUCUUCCUAUGUAUGCCAAGAAGUAUGGAUUGGGAUAUUUGGAAGGCUUAUGUUGGCGGCUUAUUCGAUAUGUUAGCACACGAGCUGAUCUAACACUUACUGUCUCAACACAGGUUUGCAAGGAAAUGGAAGAAAAGGGAGUCAAAAACGUUCAGAUAUGGAGAAAAGCCGUAGACUGCAAUAGAUUUCAUCCCAAGUUUCGAAGCUUGUCAAAGCGACAAUUGUUGACAAAUAACAAUCCAUCGAAUCCUUUGGUUAUCUAUGUCGGUCGUUUAGGUAUAGAGAAAAACUUGUUGUGUUUGAAAGAGCUUUUCAAAUACAUACCCAAUUUAAGUUUAGCCUUUAUUGGAAAUGGACCAUUUGCUAUGCAACUUGAAAGUCAUUAUCGGGAUACUGCCACAAUAUUUACUGGAAUACUAAGUGGUCAAGAACUUUCUGAAGCGUUUGCCUCAGCAGAUGUAUUUGUUAUGCCGUCCGAGACAGAAACACUUGGAUUUGUUGUUUUAGAAGCAAUGGCAUCAGGAGUUCCAGUUGUAGCUACUCGCUCUGGAGGUAUUCCUGAUCUAGUUCAACAUGAGAUAACGGGGCUUUUAUACGAACCAGGUGAUAUGGCGACAUGUGCAUUAUACGUUUCUAGACUUAUUGAGGAUCCGUACUUUGCUCGAAAGUUGUCAGCUAAAGCCAGAAAGGAGGCAGAGAAUUGGGAUUGGAGAACUGCUACAGCAGUUUUGCGAAAUACACAUUAUCAUCGAGCAAUGCAUCACUUUCAAAACACACGAGCCAUGGGAAUCAGUCUUCCCCGAACUUUGUCCAUUUACAGAUGGUUUCGUAGAAAGUAUAUAAUUUGGAAGCAACAAUUUUCACGCUAUUGGCAACUUUUGGGUUUUAAUCUAUGAGAAAUUUUUUGAUUCGUUUAGAUUCUUUCCGAAGAAUCGAAUGAAGCUGUGGAACUGGAUUUUUUCAUUUGUGCUUGUUCGUGUUUGGCUAGCCACCAAUGAGCCAAUGGAUAUAGUAUAAAGCCUAUUAAAAUCAU